AUGCUCUUCUUCAGCUGCGCCCUUUUCAUCACUCUCGCCGUCGGCGUCCAUUUAAUGCCCUAUUUCCCUGUGAUCUCCGCUUUUCUGUCGUCGCCGUCGCAGGUAAAUUCGGCCCCAAUUUCUUCGCGUCGCGACUCUUGCGUGCCCUUUCUUCAUAAUGUUGUGUAUAGCGACGGCAAAGAGUGUGACGACGAUGGCCCUUUUAUCAACAAUCACGAGAUGGGUUGUAAGAAGUCAUGGGAUUGGAUCCAGACAGGUCGGGUCGCCGAGUGCGAGUUUCAGAAGCUGAAGAAAUCGGACGCAUCGGAUUUGUUAAACGGUUCAUGGGUAAUUGUUGCUGGGGAUUCUCAGGCGAGGUUGAUGGCUGUUUCAUUGUUGAAAUUAGUAUUGGGACCCGAGAGCUUGGAGAAGGUAAGAGGGGAUUUGUUCAAGCGGCACAGUGAUUACUCGACGAUUGUCGACCACAUCGGGAUGAAGCUGGAUUUCAUUUGGGCUCCUUAUGUUGGGAAUUUGACUGAACUGAUGUUACUCUUCAAAAAGAACAAGAAGAACUUGCCGGAUGUUUUGAACAAGAACUUGCCGGAUGUUUUGGUGAUGGGGGCUGGCUUGUGGGACAUGCUGCACAUUAACAAUGCCUCUGAAUAUGGUGCCUCUUUGCGAGUUUUGAGAAAUAACGUGCUGGCUCUGAUCCCGGUUUCCUCGAAUUUGGAUUCUGACGAUGAAGAAGGGCCUAAAUCGGAGGCCCGUUUGCUGCAUUUGUUCUGGGUUGGGAUGCCAACUUUGAUAACAUCAAUGUUGAACACAGAUGCUAAGAGGGAGAGAAUGACAGACUUGAUGUGCAGUGCGCAAAUUCACGCAGAGGCACAAAAUUGUCCCAUCUUUCUACAGAUUCAUAUGUCGACUAUCCAAACGGGAUUACCAAGGAUAGGUAAACCGAGGGGUCGUCAUCAUGCGUUGACUCAACAGAAGAGACAGGAGAUCAAAGAUGCUUUCGAACAGUUUGAUACUGAUAGAUCUGGAACUAUUGAUGCUAACGAGUUUAAUGAGGCAAUGAGGGUUCUUGGUUUCGAGUCGUCGGAAGAGGAAAUUAAUCGAAUGAUAGCUGAAGUCGACAAAGAUGGCAAUGAGACUAUUGACUUUGACGGGUUUUAUCUAAUGAUGACAGCUAAAUUGGGAGAAAGGGACACUAUUGAAGAGCUCAAGAAGGCUUUCCAAACUAUUGACCUUGACAAUAAUGGGAGCAUUUCACUUGGAGAUAUUAGACGUACGGCGAAUGAUGUGGGUGUAAGAUUCACUGAAAAAGAGCUUCAAGAUAUGAUUAGGGGUGCCGAUCGAGAUAAUGAUGGUGAAGUUAGUUUGGACGAUUUCUUCAAGAUUAUGAGCCGAACCUCAUAUGGAUACUAA